AAACAGCGCCAUCUAUGGAUGGAAACGGGCUCACACUUCGUGCCACCCUGACACACCACCUCACCAUCGCUGCAAAACACAGCACAGGCCGGGCUACUGUCUGUCUCUGAAUUGGAGCAAGGAAUACCGUCAAAAUGUCUGACAUGGAAGACGAUUUCAUGUGCGAUGAUGAGGAAGAUUACGACCUGGUAAUUACACUUGAAAUUAUGUUUCUUACGCUUACAUAUUUUACCGUCUGACCGCUAACAGUGAAGUGCCUACAGUACGGGCUAGCUAAUGCUAGCUGUUUAGUUAGCCUGUUGGCUAAUACCAACCUGACAGCCGAUGACUUACAUUAGCUCUUGAACUAGCUUGAGAUAGUUUGUCCGGGGUACUUUGUGUCUAUGAAUAUCAACCAUGUUGGGAAGCAAUCUUUCAGCUUUCAUUGGGUUCGUAUUUAUUGGCACGAGAGGCAAACCGGCCGGCUAGUUAGCAAUCUUUGGCGUUGGCUAACGGAACGUUAGCCGAGGGCUCAUGUUUGCAGGCUUGUACACGGGAUCCUACUGCUAACCUCGUCUUUACGGUGGCUAGCUUAGAGUUUCCUGUAUGAAUUUAUAUGCCGAGAUAUUUCUGCAUGAACUUAACUUUUACCUUUUUAUAUGCCUGAAUUAAGGAAUACUCAGAAGACAGUAAUUCAGAGCCAAAUGUGGACCUGGAGAACCAGUACUACAACUCCAAAGCCUUGAAGGAGGAUGAUCCCAAAGCAGCACUUUGCAGUUUCCAGAAGGUGGAGUUGUACACCAUAACAAGUAUCUGUUAUGUGCAGACAUGUGGUUAUCUCAUAAGUCAAUAAGUACAACAUUCAUGAGCAUCUCUUGAUUUCACGUGUGUCUAGGUGUUGGAACUUGAAGGAGAGAAAGGAGAAUGGGGAUUUAAAGCACUGAAACAGAUGAUCAAAAUCAACUUCAAGCUGGUAUGCUCAGCAACACAUGCUACAUUUGAUAAUAAAUCAUCCCACUGGUCACCCAUUUUUGAGUUUUAAUGUAUGUGCCUCAUCUGUGUAGACCAACUUUCCAGAGAUGAUGAACAGGUACAAGCAGCUCCUUACGUAUAUCAGAAGUGCUGUCACCAGGAACUACUCAGAGAAGUCAAUCAACUCCAUACUGGACUAUAUUUCUACCUCCAAACAGGUAUGAGCAAUGAUGAAUUUGCAACAUGAGAUGUUUCCAGUGUAUAGUAUCUAUCUAUUAAAAGUCUCUCUUCUCUGUCACUAGAUGGACCUGCUACAGGAAUUCUAUGAAACCACAUUGGAGGCUUUGAAAGAUGCAAAGAACGACAGACUUUGGUUCAAAACGAACACAAAGGUGAGCAAAAUUUUAACACUUUUUCAAAGUGGCGUCAUCUAAUAGUGGAACAGGCACACAUAGAUGCUCUUCCUUUUGUUUGAUUUUUGCAGCUUGGUAAGCUGUACUUGGAGAGGGAAGAGUAUGGAAAACUGCAAAAGAUCCUGAGGCAACUUCACCAGUCAUGUCAGGUAAUUGAGUUUGUCGAGGCCAUUAGUGGGUCCUAAAAAACUGAGUUCAUCUGUGAAUUGUGUUAUUAUUUUAUUAGUCCAGAUAAAUUUUUGGUGGGAGGAGCGCUUUUAAAAUGCAUAUAAAUCAUUUGAAGUAGUAAAUGUUAUCUCAGUUGUUUUGUGCGUGUUUCUGUGUUCCUACAUUGCUAUCUAAAAGAAAGUUUUUCCAUUGUUGUGUUAAUUACAGACAGAUGAUGGAGAGGAUGACCUGAAGAAAGGCACACAGCUGUUGGAGAUCUAUGCCCUAGAGAUCCAGAUGUACACAGCACAAAAAAACAACAAGAAAUUGAAAGCCCUUUACGAGCAGUCACUUCAUAUUAAAUCUGCCAUUCCUCACCCGCUCAUUAUGGGAGUGAUCAGAGGUAUGAUUGUGAAGAUAUCUCUUUUUUAAUAGAGAUGUUUUAUGGUUCUUGAUUAAGGCUGGGUACUGUCACUGUUGUGUGCUGAAUGACCUGUGCUUGUUUGCUCUUGGCCAGAGUGUGGUGGGAAGAUGCAUUUGAGAGAGGGUGAGUUCGAAAAAGCUCACACAGACUUCUUUGAGGCCUUUAAAAACUAUGACGAGUCUGGAAGCCCCAGAAGGACGACAUGCCUGAAGUACCUGGUUCUAGCUAACAUGCUGAUGAAGUCAGGAAUAAACCCUUUUGAUUCUCAAGAGGUAUGAAAUGUGUAAAAUAUUUGCUUCCUGUUAAAAUACAUUUAUUACAUAAUGCAAAAUAAGUAAUACUAAACACAAGAGAACAUGCCAGACUAGUAGUAGCUGUUACAUUUUUAAUAUUGUACAGCCAGAAUUCCCAAUUUGUAGAACUCAAAAUAGUCUUGUACUUUAGAAAUUGGCAUUUGUGUAGGUUUUGCUUGUGCCAAACAUAACCUCUGAUCUCCUUUUCUUCUUUUUCCAAGGCCAAACCAUACAAAAAUGACCCAGAGAUCCUAGCAAUGACUAACUUAGUAAGGUAAGCAUGGAUUUAAAUGUUGUCUCUUUGUAUGCAAGAAAGUUGUUUUAAUUUGCCAAAGCACAAAGGGCUUUUCUGGUAUUGUCUCACUAUUAUGGCAUCGUACUCAACAAUUUUAUUCUGAGAUCUGCAGAGUUUGACAACCACAGCUUAACUGAGAUGAGCAAUUUAAUCAGCAACAAGAGUAGUGAGGCGGCCUUGAUAUUUAAAGGUGUGAAAAACAACUAUCACCUCUUUGCAAAAAAUAAACGUGUGAAUGAACAAAUGGAGACUAGGUCCAUACUGAGGUUCUAUUCAAAUUUUUCAGAUAUUAAUAUCAUAUGCCUUGGUUCUGCCCAGUGUGAGGAUAUUUUAAAAGAUGGAAAGGAAAGGAGUGAUUGACCGUGAUUGUCACCAGUCCCACACACAAACUCAUUAAACGCUAUAAUGAACUGUCCAGAAUCCAACAUCAUAUUGCAGAAGUUCCUCAGUUAUCUCGGCAAGGUGCAUUUAACUUUUCGUCUUCUUACGAAAAGUUGGUGUUGAAAGUUUUGUGUGAAAACUAUGAAGACAGAGUGCUUGUGAGGAAAUGUUGGCAUUAAGCUUUGAUUAGAUUGUCAUCUGUUGAACUCAGAUUGCCUUGCUGAAUAGUACUAUGACAAUGAUUUGGUGUCCUGUUACCCAUCAUCAUAUUUCUGUACCAGUCCUAAUAUUCUUUAUACCAGCAAGCAAAGCAGUUCCUUGUGAAUUUUAUUGUAUUUAUUUAAAGUAUUAAACAUGACCGUUUCCUCUCUCAGGCCUCAAGUCAUACUUGCUUCCCUGUUUGCUCUCUGUUCUCAGAAAUAACUUUCACUGUUUUAAGUUACCCAGGACUUGUGCGUAUAUUUAACAGUUUUAUUUCUCAAACAAGAAACUACAAAAUUACACCCCAAACUCUCAGAAGAAUAGUGUUUAUAAUAAGUCCUAUAUUCUGGAAAGAGAUUGACAGCUAUCAGGAUGAGGGUUUUUGUGUUUUCACAGCGAUACAUUGUACAUCGUCAAAUAACACUCUCUGUUUUUCCUUCCAGCGCCUACCAGAACAAUGACAUCACUGAAUUUGAGAAAAUCUUGAAAACAAAUCACAGUAACAUAAUGGAUGACCCAUUCAUUAGAGAGCACAUAGAGGGUGAGUAGUGAACGUGACUGUAGUCCACAUGCGUGGUAGAUUGCAAAUCAUGGUCUUUUGUUUUUUAAAAUGAGUCUAAUGGUGAUGUUAUUUUACAGAGCUCCUGCGGAACAUUAGAACUCAAGUACUUAUCAAACUCAUCAAACCGUACACAAGAAUACACAUCCCCUUCAUUUCUAAGGUAAGUCCACAUUAUGAUAUAGAAGCACCCUGCAAUAUCAACUCUCUUUCCUCUUUUACCACAAUUUCAUGGGAUAAUAAUUCCCAGCUGUCUGCACUGGAGGCCGUGUCACCGAUUGUAUAUCAUUUCUGUGCAAUAUAGUUCUGUUUUGAAAACAAAUUUAGCAUAGCAGUCAAGAUAAUGGCAUUAGCUUUUUGUCUUCAGUGACAAGUACUCAAUGGCAAAUAAUACAUUUCAAUAAAAUAACAUGUCUGGAUGAGAAUCAGCCCACAUGAUCUUGCUUACCAUCACGUAUAAAAACAAAGCCAGUAUCAGUAUAAGGAAACAGCUGAAACUUUGUGUCUGUGAAUGUUGUUAUUACCUUUUCUCUGUGCUUAUCUGUUCAUUAUUUUACAUAAUUGCCUGGUAGAUGUUCUUUGUUGCUCUUUCGCAACACAUGAGUGAAAAUAUUUGCUUCAGGAUCAGUGGUGAUGCUUGUAAAUGCUCCUAAAAAUACUUAGUCAUCUUCUACUCCUCAGAUAUGUCCGAUAUGUCAUUGUAAUUCAUUUGUUUGUGUUGCAGGAGCUUAACAUUGACGUGUGUGAUGUGGAGAGUUUGCUGGUGCAGUGCAUCUUGGACAAGUAAGUAUCUGCCUCAAGCGUCUGCUGAGAAGGUUACCGAAAAAAAAAUAUUCCCUUGUUCCUGUAAAUAAUAAGAGUUCCUCAUAGUUUGCAUCUUUUUGUGCUUGAGAGAGUCAGGUGGUAUGAAUACAGUUUCAGUCACAUCCUGUGCUUUUUUUAUGUUGUUGUAGUGGCCUUCUAUUUAUAGCCUUAAAACCCAGCAGUGCUGUUCUGUGACACAAAUAACUUCGUAGCAGGUGAAAACAUCAGCUCACUCUCGUACUCAUAGUUUCCACCUUCCCUUGAAACCUUAUUUUUUUCCUUUUUGUUUUUAAUUAUAGCCAUGAAUGUGAACAGAUAGGUAAAUUUGUAACAAAACCAAUGAGUGUCAAAGAUUUGACUGAGAUUCCUGUGUCUUUUCCAAAAAGUUUCAGUGUAUACUUUUGUUGCAAAUUCUGUUCUUAUGUCUAAUCACCAAUGUAAAAUUAGCAACAGAAUUUUCAGCAUCUUGGAUUUUAACUUUGUGUUUGACUAUAAUGUGGCUUUUAGGCACCGAUAAAUUCUGCUCAGAACAAUGUCAAUGUCAGCUUUACUUAUAUAGCACAUUUAUAAACAGCCAGUGGCCUACCAAAGUGCUUUACAGUAAAAUAGCCAGAGACAGUAAAAACAAUAAAAUAUAGCAAAUACAUAAAAUACCCAAUAAAAGUAGCUAUACUUCCCCAAAAGCUAAAGUGAACAGGUGCGUCCUCAUAAGUGUUCUAAAAGUGGAAAGGCUGUUAGCAGUAUGCACUGUCAGGGGUAAAGCGUUCCACAAAGUUGGAGCCAUGACAGAAAAUCCCCAAUCUCCCCUAGAUUUUAAAAAGGAACGAGGAACGACGAAAACCACCUGAUUAGCUGACCUCAGGGCUCUGGACAGAUUAGAAUUUCUUGUUAAUUUUCAAAAUACGUGGACCCACUGCUUAUUCUCUUGCUUUUUUGUCACAGCACAAUCCAUGGGCGGAUUGACCAAGUCAACCAGCUACUAGAACUGGAUUACCAGAAGAGAGGAGGGGCUCGCUACACAGCUUUAGACAAAUGGACAAAUCAGCUGAACACUCUCAACCAAGCCAUUGUUAGCAAGCUCACAUGAUGGCAUGUAAAAUCAAGAGACAAGGAAAAUGGCAUGUUUCAAUACAUCCAUUAAGUAUGCUACUGUGCUUCUUCAAGUAUAUCCUCUGAGACAAGAUACACAGCACAGUUUUCGAGAAUGCCACCAAAUUCAAGAAGACACCAGGAACCCUGAGAACGUGUUCAAAGUGUGAUGUUUUGUCGUGAUGAGAGGAAGUCACUGACACUUAUUUUUUUUUCAUGUUCCUGAUUGGCAGAUCCUUCCAUGUGCAACACAAAAAUGCUUCAGUUGUUUAAAAAGUCCGAAUGUGUAUGAAAACUUGUACACAGUAUUUUAAUGUAUACUGUUGCCUGUUGGUAAUAAACAGAUUUCUCUCAGCACUACAAGGAUUCAGCUGCCUUUGACUGGCUACAAAGUUUGAAAUGUGUGACGGGCUGCACGUCGAAUAAAAUGUUUUUAACUGUCA